AGUGCUCUUGUCACGAACAAAGUGGAAGGUAAACAAAAUCUUAUCCCUUUUUCCACCCUACAACUGCAAUUUGCAAUCAAUGCAGACUUCAGGAGCAAAGUACAUGUGGUAAACAAGAAUGGCAAGCGCAAACCAGAAUAAAAUUGCUCCCGAGCAAUCUAGUCUUGACUCAGUACGCUUCGCAGAAAAGCCAAAACAGGUAACCUUCGAGCAAUUUAUGGUGGAACAUUUAGGCAGUCUUGGAAGGUAUCAGUUGAUACAGUUUCUUCUGGUGUGUAUCCCCAGUGCGUUUGUAUCUCUACACGUAAUGAGCUGGACAUUUGUUUCAAUCCCUUCAUGUUCUGGUGGUGAAAACUGCACAAUUAACGGAUACUCCGCUGCCGAUAGGUGGAAUUUGCAAGGAGAUAGAGCUUGGAUUAAAGCUACUGUCCAGUCACUCUACUACAUUGGCCACAUGGUCGGGGCUACACUUUGGGGAAUCGUCAGCGACAAAUUUGGGAGGAAAAAAGCGUAUUGUAUUGCAAUCACUGCUCAAAUUUCUUGUGGAUUAGUGCUGAUUAUCGCACCAACGUGGUGGCUUUUCGGUAUUUUUAAACUUGGAACCGGAGUUGCUCAUCCUGGUCUUUACGCAGUAUCUAUAGUACUUGCAACGGAGUUGCUUGGAGCUACAUGGAGAAGACUUUCGGCGAUUGGCGCCGGAAUCUUGGGGGCAGUUGGAGAAUUGAUUCUUGCCGGCCUGGCUUACCUGAUUCGUGAUUAUCGAGCGUUGCACGCAGCUUUUGUGCUACCAUCAUUACUAUUCAUCUCUUACUGGUGGUUGGUGCCAGAAAGUCUUCGAUGGCUUGUGUUGCAAGGACGUUUCGACGAAGCUGAUCGGGUAAUGAGUAAAGCAGCACGGAUAAAUAAAGCCAAUAUACCAGACAAAUGGUGGGAAAAGCUGGAAAUAUCGGCAAACACCAAACAGACCGCUGGGUUUCUAGACCUCUUUCGCACACAGAAGCUCAGACGAAGAAUACUUGUAGCUAUUCUUGUAUGGCCUGUAAACAGUAUGGUGUAUUAUGGUUUGACUAUGAAAAGCGACGUCGGCGGUGGCAGCCUAUACGUGAAUUUUGCUAUUAGUGCAGCUAUGGAAUUACCUGGCCUAAUAGUGCUGUAUCUUCUCAUGGACAGGAUUGGAAGGCGACGGCUCAUUUCCUGCAGCUUAGCUAUCGCCGGGAUUUGUCUUGUUCUAAAUUGGGCCAUUGGAGAUAAUGUGCCAGUUUACUGGGGAAUGGUGCAAAUAGCUAUUGCUAAAGGAGCAAUCACCGUGUCUUAUACUGGAGUGUACGCAUAUACAUCCGAGAUGUUUCCCACUGUGAUACGCAAUACAGCUGUUGGAUGUUGUUCGACGGCUUCACGUAUUGGAGCUAUCGCGGCUUCAUAUGUAGCGCUAUGGCUUGUUGACGAAUACGGCAAGCUUGCCAUGGUAAUUCCGUUUUCCUUACUUGCUCUGAUAUCUGCAGCUUUGACAGCUUUAUUACUGCCGGAAACUAUGAAUAAACCACUGCCUGAAACGAUAGAUGAUGUUGAGGGCAAAAAUCAAUAACCUCAUUUGCAGAACAAGAUUUGAUUUCUAACUUGCAUCACUUCUUCUGCCUAAUAAACCGAUC